UGGGAGGAGUGGUGACGGAUGGAGUGUGAGUCCGGGGAGGGAACAAUCCAUGUGUGAGCACCAUAAGAGCUCCGAACCACCACGAGCCGCUCUGGACCAAAGUUCUCUCCUUCCACGACAGCCGGUCAAGUCCUGAAUGUGAGCAGCGAGAAACACAUCAAGAACAGCAGCCAUGAAGUUUCAAGCUCUGGUCUUCUUCCUGCUCUUCUCCUGCAUGUACCUGAGUCUGGCACAAGGCUCGUACGACAACUGCUGCCUCGGCUACGUCAAAACCCUUCCAAGAGGUGCAAAGAGAAACAUCAUAGGCUACAGGAUGCAGGAAACAGAUGGCGAUUGCAACAUCAGAGCCGUCGUGUUUCUGAUGAAGAGGAAGCAAAAAACUGUCUGUGCCAAUCCCAACGACACCUGGGUGCAGAAGGAGAUCGCCAAAGUGGACAGGAGGACGCAAGGUUAAAAAAAAAAAGGGAGAGAAACCAGAGAAGAGAGGGCCUCAUCUGUCAUCUUUAACCACAUGGAUCGUGUUUCUGAGGUUACGUUUUCUCUGUUGCUGACAGAGAAUGUAAAUCAUGUAUGCAAUUUUUCACAAUAUACACAAACAUACUGUAUUCUAUAGUCAGUAUAGCAGCAUCCAUUUAUAUGUGAGCCAUCAGUAUGAAACUGUUCACUUCUCUGUGAUGUGCAGAGCCUGCUAGGAUUGAGCCACUCUUUGGCAGCUUUGAAAUGUGAUAUAAAUGUAAGGAAAAUGCUUUAGGGAUAAGCUGACAGGUUGUUGGGUUUUUUUUUUUAUACCAGAUUCUCAUAUUUUUGUAUCAGCACUCUAAUUGUACUUUGUGUUUUCCAAAUAAAGAACAAAAUGCAAAGAAA